CCUACACAUCUCCUCUUGCAUGCAACUCACUGAGAGGGAGAGGCGAGCGUGUCCUCCCCUCUCGCAGCCGCCAGCAUCUCCAGCCACCAAGGACCUGCUUUUUGCACCUCCAACACCCUCUCCCUUCUUCCCCGCCACUCCCUCCCAGAAAGAGAGAAAGAGAAAGAAAAAAGGAGACAGAAAGAUUCCGGAAUUUGAGCCUCUCCAGAGAGGAAACAUACCCAGCAAACUCAGUUGAUUAAACAUCAGACAGACAGACAGACAGACCCCAAAUCUUCUGUCCAACUGGAAAGGUCUUUUCUCUGGAGUCCUGGGAGGCAGGUUACGGGCCAGCCCGCCUCUAGCCCGCACCAUGAAGCCUGAGUCCACUUCCGUUCGGCCCCGGGCCCUGCUCUGCCUGAGCUCUCAACUUCCGGCUGCUCCCCUCCCCGCGGCCCUGUGCUGCUAGGAGGUCGACCUUCAGGGCUGGUCCUGGGCCUGUUUCUGCCUUGUGCCUGGCUCACCUGACUGCUCACUCCUCCUCCAUCACGGCCCCCCUGACCCCAGCCCUCUCCCCGGCCUCCCUGGCUGGGCCGUUUGGGGGUCUGCUGCCGGGAGGUGGACAUUGCUGAAGGCUUCCACCCGCCAGCCGGCCCGCCGUGUACUUUUCUCCUGCCCAAAUCGAGGCCUCCGGAUCCACAUUGGAUAGCUGAGAUCUUUUCUUGGAGAAAGACACUCCGCUCCCCACUCUGCACCCUCACUGUCCCCCUGCCCGCCUGGGCGACCUCCUCUACUGCUGCCCCGGCCUUCCCCUGCUCCGUCUCUUACUGAACUUCUUGCUCGUGGGUGCCCACCAGGGGCUUCCUGGUUUUCUUUCCUCCUUCCGCAUCCUCCUCUCCGUGUGUGUGUGCCUCCUCCCUCUUGUGUGUUCUCUGUCCCCCAGCCAUCUCCUCUUCCUCUCUGCCUUCCACUUCAAAGGAGGUGGGGCGGGGGGAUUGCCCCCCGAGGGCUGUUGCCCGCCUCCGGGCCCCUGGGCCUUCGCCAGAAUGAGCCUCACCACGCACUCGGUGUUCUUCACCUUGAAGGUGAGCCUCCUGCUGGGAUCCCUGCUGGGGCUCUGCCUGGGCCUGGAGUUCAUGGGCUUCCCCAACCAGUGGGCGCGCUACCUCCGCUGGGAUGCCAGCACGCGCAGCGACCUCAGCUUCCAGUUCAAGACCAACGUGUCCGCGGGGCUGCUCCUCUACCUGGACGAUGGCGGCGUCUGCGACUUCCUCUGCCUCUCCCUGGUGGACGGCCGUGUGCAGCUGCGCCUCAGCAUGGACUGUGCGGAGACCGCCGUGCUGUCCGGCAAGCGGGUGAACGACAGCAGCUGGCACUUCGUCAUGGUGAGCCGCGACCGCCUGCGCACCGUGCUGGUGCUCGACGGGGAGGGCAGGUCCGCGGAGCUGCAGCCCCAGCGGCCCUACAUGGACGUGGUCAGUGACCUGUUCCUGGGCGGCGUUCCCGCCGACAUCCGGCCGUCUGCCCUGACCCUUGAUGGGGUGCAGGCCAUGCCCAGCUUCAAGGGAUUAAUCUCGGAUCUCAAGUACGGCAACUCAGAGCCCCGGCUUCUGGGAAGCCAGGGUGUCCAGUUGGAUGCCGAGGGGCCCUGCGGUGAGCGUCCCUGUGAAAAUGGCGGCAUCUGCUUUCUCCUGGAUGGACACCCCACCUGUGACUGUUCUACCACCGGCUAUGGCGGCAAGCUGUGCUCGGAAGAUGUCAGUCAAGGUCCAGGCCUCUCCCACCUCAUGAUGAGUGAACAAGGUAGAAGUAAAGCUCGAGAGGAGAAUGUGGCCACUUUCCGAGGCUCAGAGUACCUGUGCUACGACCUGUCUCAGAACCCGAUCCAGAGCAGCAGUGAUGAGAUCACCCUGUCCUUUAAGACCUGGCAGCGGAAUGGCCUUAUCCUGCACACGGGCAAGUCGGCUGACUAUGUCAACCUGGCUCUGAAGGAUGGCGCGGUCUCCUUGGUCAUUAACCUGGGGUCCGGGGCCUUUGAGGCCAUUGUGGAGCCAGUGAAUGGAAAAUUCAAUGACAACGCCUGGCAUGAUGUCAAAGUGACACGCAACCUCCGGCAGGUGACCAUCUCUGUGGAUGGAAUCCUUACCACGACAGGCUACACUCAAGAGGACUACACCAUGCUGGGCUCAGAUGACUUCUUCUACGUGGGAGGAAGCCCAAGUACCGCUGACUUGCCAGGCUCCCCCGUCAGCAACAACUUCAUGGGCUGCCUUAAAGAGGUUGUUUAUAAGAAUAACGACAUCCGUCUGGAGCUGUCUCGCUUGGCCAGGAUUGGGGACACCAAGAUGAAGAUCUACGGCGAGGUGGUAUUCAAGUGUGAGAAUGUGGCCACACUGGACCCCAUCAACUUUGAGACCCCAGAGGCUUACAUCAGCUUGCCCAAGUGGAACACCAAACGCAUGGGCUCUAUCUCCUUUGACUUUCGCACCACUGAGCCCAACGGCCUGAUCCUCUUCACUCACGGCAAGCCCCAAGAGAGGAAGGAUGCUCGGAGCCAGAAGAACACCAAGGUGGACUUCUUUGCUGUGGAACUCCUCGAUGGCAACCUGUACCUGCUGCUUGACAUGGGCUCAGGCACCAUUAAAGUGAAAGCCACGCAGAAGAAAGCCAACGAUGGGGAAUGGUACCACGUGGAUAUUCAGCGAGAUGGCAGAUCAGGUACCAUAUCAGUGAACAGCAGGCGCACACCGUUCACCGCCAGCGGGGAGAGCGAGAUCCUCGACCUGGAGGGGGACAUGUACCUGGGCGGGCUGCCAGAGAACCGCGCUGGCCUCAUCCUCCCCACUGAGCUCUGGACCGCCAUGCUCAACUACGGCUAUGUGGGCUGCAUCCGCGACCUGUUCAUCGACGGGCGCAGCAAGAACAUCCGGCAGCUGGCGGAGAUGCAGAAUGCCGCGGGCGUCAAGUCCUCCUGCUCACGGAUGAGCGCCAAGCAGUGUGACAGCUACCCCUGCAAGAACAACGCCGUGUGCAAGGAUGGCUGGAACCGCUUCAUCUGCGACUGCACGGGCACUGGCUACUGGGGACGGACCUGCGAGCGGGAGGCAUCCAUCCUGAGCUACGAUGGCAGCAUGUACAUGAAGAUCCUCAUGCCCAUGGUCAUGCACACCGAGGCAGAGGACGUGUCCUUCCGCUUCAUGUCCCAGCGAGCUUAUGGGCUGCUGGUGGCCACCACCUCCAGGGACUCCGCCGACACCCUGCGUUUGGAGCUCGAUGGGGGGCGUGUCAAGCUCAUGGUUAACUUAGACUGUAUCAGGAUAAACUGUAACUCCAGCAAAGGACCAGAGACCCUGUAUGCGGGGCAGAAGCUCAACGACAAUGAAUGGCACACCGUCCGGGUGGUGCGGAGAGGAAAAAGCCUUAAGUUAACCGUGGACGAUGAUGUAGCUGAGGGUACGAUGGUGGGAGACCACACCCGCUUGGAAUUCCACAACAUCGAAACUGGUAUCAUGACCGAGAAACGCUACAUCUCCGUGGUCCCCUCCAGUUUCAUUGGCCACUUGCAGAGUCUUAUGUUCAACGGGCUGCUCUACAUUGACUUGUGCAAAAAUGGAGACAUUGACUACUGCGAACUGAAGGCUCGCUUUGGACUGAGGAACAUCAUUGCCGACCCUGUCACCUUCAAGACCAAGAGCAGCUACCUGAGCCUGGCCACCCUCCAGGCCUACACCUCCAUGCACCUCUUCUUUCAGUUCAAGACCACCUCUGCUGACGGCUUUAUCCUCUUCAACAGCGGUGAUGGCAACGACUUCAUUGCCGUUGAGCUAGUCAAGGGGUACAUACACUACGUGUUUGACCUUGGAAAUGGCCCCAAUGUGAUCAAAGGCAAUAGUGACCGCCCCCUGAAUGACAACCAGUGGCACAACGUCGUCAUCACCCGGGACAACAGUAACACCCACAGCCUGAAAGUGGACACUAAGGUGGUCACUCAAGUUAUCAAUGGUGCCAAAAAUCUGGAUUUGAAAGGUGACCUCUACAUGGCAGGUCUGGCCCAAGGCAUGUACAGCAACCUCCCAAAGCUCGUGGCCUCCCGGGAUGGCUUCCAGGGCUGCCUGGCGUCAGUGGACUUGAAUGGGCGCCUGCCAGACCUCAUCAACGAUGCCCUCCACCGCAGUGGGCAGAUCGAACGUGGCUGUGAAGGACCAAGUACCACCUGCCAGGAGGAUUCAUGUGCCAACCAGGGGGUCUGUAUGCAGCAGUGGGAAGGCUUCACCUGCGACUGUUCCAUGACCUCCUAUUCUGGAAACCAGUGCAAUGAUCCUGGCGCCACGUACAUCUUCGGGAAGAGCGGAGGCCUCAUCCUCUAUACCUGGCCGGCCAACGACAGGCCCAGCACACGCUCCGACCGCCUGGCUGUGGGUUUCAGCACAACCGUGAAGGACGGCAUUCUGGUGCGCAUCGACAGCGCUCCGGGCCUCGGAGACUUCCUCCAGCUUCACAUCGAACAGGGGAAGAUCGGCGUUGUCUUCAAUAUUGGCACAGUUGACAUCUCCAUCAAAGAGGAGAGGACUCCGGUGAACGAUGGCAAAUACCACGUGGUGCGCUUCACCAGGAACGGCGGCAAUGCCACACUGCAGGUGGACAACUGGCCAGUGAACGAGCACUAUCCCACAGGCAACACUGAUAAUGAACGCUUCCAAAUGGUAAAACAGAAAAUCCCCUUCAAAUAUAACCGGCCCGUAGAAGAGUGGCUGCAGGAAAAAGGCCGGCAGUUAACCAUCUUCAACACCCAGGCGCAAAUAGCUAUUGGCGGAAAGGACAAAGGACGCCUCUUCCAAGGCCAGCUUUCUGGGCUCUAUUAUGAUGGUUUGAAAGUACUGAACAUGGCGGCUGAGAACAACCCCAAUAUUAAAAUCAAUGGAAGUGUCCGGCUGGUGGGAGAGGUCCCAUCAAUCUUGGGAACAACGCAGACGACCUCCAUGCCACCAGAGAUGUCCACCACUGUCAUGGAGACCACCACUACGAUGGCCACUACCACGACCCGCAAGAAUCGCUCCACAGCCAGCAUUCAGCCAACAUCAGAUGACCUUGUUUCAUCUGCUGAAUGUUCAAGCGAUGACGAAGACUUCGUUGAAUGUGAGCCGAGUACAGAUAAGAGUCUUUCCACUUCAAUCUUCGAAGGUGGCUACAAAGCACAUGCGCCCAAGUGGGAAUCCAAGGACUUUAGACCUAACAAAGCCUCCGAAACUAGUAGGACUACUACCACAUCUUUGUCCCCUGAGCUGAUCCGCUUCACAGCUUCCUCCUCGUCUGGGAUGGUGCCCAAAUUGCCAGCUGGCAAAAUGAAUAACCGUGAGCUCAAACCCCAGCCUGAUCUAGUCUUGCUUCCGUUGCCCACUGCCUAUGAGCUAGACAGCACCAAACUGAAGAGCCCACUAAUUACUUCCCCCAUGUUCCGUAAUGUGCCCACAGCAAACCCCACGGAGCCGGGAGUCAGACGGGUCCCGGGGGCCUCAGAGGUGAUCCGCGAGUCCAGCAGCACAACAGGGAUGGUCGUCGGCAUUGUGGCUGCAGCCGCCCUCUGCAUCUUGAUCCUCCUGUACGCCAUGUACAAGUACAGGAACAGGGACGAGGGCUCCUACCAGGUGGACGAGACGCGGAACUACAUCAGCAACUCGGCGCAGAGCAACGGCACCCUGCUCAAGGAGAAGCCACCGAGCUCGAAGGGCGGCCACAAGAAACAGAAAAACAAGGACAAGGAGUACUACGUGUAGGCGCCACGCCGCCGCUCCCGGCGCGCGAAGCUGAGCCCGGGUCGCUCCUCUGCCCACAGGCGCGCGUGUACUUGGCAACCUGAGCAUUCCGCAGGGGUCAGAACUGUCCCAGGAGACGGGGCUGUGUGGACCGUGACUCCGGUGGGGAAAAUCAUUCGUGAACAGAACACCAAGAUGCACCUAACCGAGAAGGCGCAAGCCACGGGCUUCUUUGACACAGUCGCCGCUCGGAGACAGAAAGUUCUUUCUGCCCUGCUGUGUCAGCCAGCACACACUUUCGCACGCUGGAGCGAGCAGGUGGCUCCCCGCCGCCCCCCCCCACCCCGCCCGGCCCCCCAACUUUUCGCAGACUUGGAAGCUUCCUUCUCUUGAGGACCUUUUACCCAAGGUAGAAGACUUCAUGGCUUACUUGUUCCAUAACUCCAAGUGAGUCUGUAAUACUGUUUGUGAAGCUUGACUGUAAUAAUGUUUUUUUUGUUUGUUUGUUUAAUUAUGUAAAAAACAAAAAACAAAAAAAAAGAAAAGAAAAAAAAAAGUUAAAAACAACAAAAACCCACCCUUAUCUGGUUCUGGCCAGUGUGCGUGUAACUUUUCAAGAUCUGAGGGGAAAAAAAUGGCUUUUGGGUAUUUGAUUAUUUUUUGAAAAUAAUUGGACAUAAGUUAAGAAGAAGAAAAACAAAAUCUCAGAAAACAAAAGUAAGAGAGACUGUUGCCAUAUGAACUCAAAAAGCUACCAUGGUGUUCACUCUACAUACCAGGCUGUGGUGUUUCUAGAAUCUGUUGUCUGUUUCUAUAUGAUGCUUUGCUGCACACAUAGCAAAAUCAUGGGAUGGAUGAUAGUUUUGAUUGGAAAAGCUGGUCCCUCAGGAUCAAAUUCCAGAAUUUGCCACCCAAACCCUGAACAGAUGUGGUUAGGGCUGGUUUUCUCAGAGCUAUCGGCUUCACUUAACAAUAUUGUUCCUGUCCAUGAGCCCAGCCAAACUGAGGUAAAGGAGAUAGCCCCACGAAUUAAAACAGAGCCUUUCCUAGGAAAGGGGGCCGGGGGGGGUGGGCUGGAUCUGUGACUGAUUGAAAUGCAUGCAAAUAUAAGAGAAAAGACAAUACAAGAAGUCUGUUAAGGAAUCAAAUCAGACAAUAGGGGAGUUCAACUUGUGAUAGAACCACAAAAGGUCACACAAGCCAAACAUGGCAUGACAGAGUGCAAAACUCAUAGCUCUUCCCCCGCCCCCAACAUGAUCAUGUUUUUCCUAGUGAUUUAAUUUUCCAGCCUGACAUUUACAGAUUACGCUAUCCUUCCAUUUGCUCACAUCUCCCUUCACCCAUCUUUUCUAAAGAUAAAUAAAUAACAAAUGAAUAAAGCUGCUGUGACACACACACACACAAAAUGGAAUUUAAUAGUAUAAUAUAUAUAAAUAAAUAUAUAUACAGAUAUAUUUAUCAUGGUAUGUUUGAUGGGAUGACUGAAACAGGAAAACUGUUAAAAUCUUGAAGUGGAAUGAGAAUGUUGUUUUCAAAGAAAAUAACAAAACAACAAAAAAGUAAACCUUAAAAUGUGAAGAAAGUGUGAGUUUUAGUUUUGUCACAGUUAACUGUGUCAAGGAGAAUAAAAAAAAAAAAACUCUUCUCAGAUUUUGUUUACAUAUUUUACUACAUUUUUGCUGGUAUAGUUCCUUCGCCACCUGUGUACAUAGCGCUUUGAGAACUGUUCUUUCCUUUGUUUAUUUCCGUUUGUUUGGUUUCUGUUCCAGUUGUCUUUCUUUCUGAAAAGAGGAAUCAAUGUACAGUAAAACGAUAAACUGGUUCUGUGGCCAUACCUAACCCGAAAGCAAGAGACAAAGCAAGACGAAUAUUUACACGAAAAUGAAACGUGUCCUCUGGAGGGUCAGAUAUAUACAGUUUCUUUUGUACAGAUGAAAAUCAAUCAGCUGUUUAGAUUUAGAAAUCUACUCUUGCUGGUCUUUGUAAGUUGCAUGAAUAUUUGACUUUGAGAAAAUAUCUUAAAGAUGUGGGGCAAAAAAUGCAAUCUCAAUGAUGGUAGCCUUUACUAAUGUGUAUGGAAAGAGGUGUUCCUCAUUAUCUGAUAUUUCAAUGUGUUAAGAGUUUUGGAUUAUUUUGUUAUCAUUGGAAAAGACGGGAUUAUAAAGAGGUAUCAAAGCACGAUUUUAGAUAACCUAAAUGGCCCAACCUAUAUGAAGUUGAUUAUAUCUCGAUGUCUGUAAAAGAUUGCUGUUCUUGGAGUCUUGAGGUCUUGUGAACUGAUUUCCUGCUUUCUUUCUUUGCAUUUUUUUAUUUGAGUAAAAAUACAUUUGUUAUAUUCCUUUUAGUGUAAGUUUCUAUUUGGACAAUUUUAUGGGAACAUGUGCAUUCUGUAUGUUAGCUUCUAUCAUAUUCCUGUUGUUUUAUGAGCAAACUCUUAAGAAAUUUCUUUUAUGAUGUUGUGAAGUUACUGCUUUUUUUUUCCUUUUCUCUUUUAUUUCAUAUUUGCAUUUUCGUUCAAGGAUAUGCUUAGCAAUAAAAUGUUCUUCCCAA